CUUCUUCCAAUACAUGUAAUCUACCGACUUUCUUGGAGUCUAACCAAGUACUAGUUUAUCAUAACCCUAGACUUUCUAUAAACUCAUUGUAUGUUUGCCUAGUAAUAAUUAACUGAAUUUCCUUUUGAAAAUGUCCAAGAGGAGAUCCAAAUAAGUAAGUUAUUGUGAAUAUCAUUCAGUCGAGAGCGUUGAAACGUUCAAUUUUGAGGGGGAUGAUGCACAUGAUGAGUAUUACAAUCCGAUUCAAAAAUUGCCCCUGAAGAAACCUCGCAAGAGAAGAAGAAGACAAGUCAUUCACGAUAAGAGAAGAAGAAGACCGACCACAAAGAAAAUUGUAACCAAGUUGAAUUAAACUUUGAUUAGAAUAGAAAGCAUCAGCCAAUUCCAUUCAAUUAUAUAGAAGAUAGACAAAUUCUUCUUUAAGUCUUGGAGUUGGGACCAAAGUUCUAUACGAUCGCUAAAAACUUCCCUGGCAGGACCUUGAGCAUGGUGAAGAAUAGAUAUUACAAGACCUUGCGCUUCCAGUGGGAUGCUAUAUUGGGACAGUAAGAAAUAUUUAAGAUUUCUAGAGCCUAUGGACAUCUGAAUGCAUCCGAUAGAGAAAUGGAAAAUUAACUCAGUAUGGAUUGUUUGCAAGAGCUUAAUGAUGAAAAUAUCUAUUCAUAAUUUUUAUUUUGA